UGUUUGCUGGUCUCGUUCUGUGGUUCUGAGUGUCUCAGCAGCCCCUGUACUCCAGCCUGCUAACAGUGCCAACCUGAGCCUCCAGGACACUCACUCCUCGUCGCUCCGAAUCAGCUGGUUCUUGUCUCAGGCGGACAUGGCCCACAAAGGCCACUUUCAACCCAGCAUCCCGGACUGGGCCCGGCGACUGAUCCUGGCAUGUUUCUUCUUGGUGACCCGUGGAGGGAGUCACCCGCUGCAAGCUAGGUCCUGGGGACACCCUGGGCUGGCAGCUGAUGUGGGCACUAGCCAGCUGCACCUAGCAGGGCGCCCUCAGCCUUACCCAAGGAUCCAAGAUCCUGAUUCACAGACAUCACCAGUGCCAGAACCUUGCUGCACCCCAGAGAAAGACAGACCAGAGGCACCACGCCCAGGGAUCCUUCUAGAGAGCUGUGGUGCUCCAAGCCCAGAAUGUGAAUUCUUCCUGGGACACCUUCAACGUGCCCUCCGCAAUCGCUUCCACCCUCUGCUGCUGGGAGUGCAGCCUCUCUGCCCGGAGCUCUGCCAAAUUUGGUUUACCGCCUGUGAAGCAGACUUCACCUGUGGCCUGACUUGGCUGCAGCCCUCUGUGAAGAGAGGCUGUGAGGCCAGCUGCCGCACCUUUGGGCAGACCUUCACUAAUGCUGAAGACCUGUGUCGCAUGGCUCUGGGCCAAGCUCCGGUGGCAGCUCCUGGGUCACGUCACUGUCUCAAUGUCUCCAUCUCCUCUCCACGCGCCCGCCGCUCUCGUGCCUGGAUCCCCAACGCUGCAGGCAGUGGCAGUGGGGGCAGCGGCAGCGGCGACAGCGACAGCCCCGAGUAGAUGUUUGGCUUUUAAUAAGUGUCCCUUCUCUGAGAAGGGAGCAAGUGGACCUUCUCAGGAGCAAAAAGCCACCCGGAGUCACAUCCCCCUCCCUCCCGAGCCACACCCCAGGGUUGCCUAGACAGGUCUUUCUAUCCAUUAUCCUAGAAAUGGCCAACACUCACUUUGCUCUUCCCCAGAGUAAAGUCACCACCUACAUCAUGCCAUACGACGUGGCUGCUGCUUGGUGAAAUAGUUGGUGCGAACUGCCAAAAAUGAUCAUGUCAGAGGGGAAAGAAAGGGGAGAGCAGAGAGAUGAGUAAAAUGACACAGCGGGCCAGCUCUGAUGACCUACUUUCUAUCCCAAAGUCACAGUAGUAAAACAACCAAGUCCCAAGUCACGGUAGUAACUUCACUCCCGAAGCUGUCUCCUGACCUCCACAUUUGCAGUGGCACUCAUGCUCCCUUUCCCCCAAAUAAAUAAACAGAUGUAAUAAGGUGA